AUGGUCAUGAUUUUGGAACUGCCAAAUGAAAUCCUUUGUCUCAUUUUAACGUUUGUACCACCAUCAUCUGGUAAACGAUUCCUAAGUUGUUGUCACAAGCUCUAUCAACUCAAGCACGAUCAACUAUUUUGGCGUGAUUUUGCACGACAUUUGGGUAUCAUUUAUCGUGACCCACAGCAGACAUGGUGGGAUCUUUAUGCUACAGGCGACGUUUUCAAUAUAUGCAAACACUUGCAUGAUGCAAGGUUAAUGACAUCGUUGCUAUGGAAAUCGGAUAUUUUUUGGAAAUCAUUGACUACAAAAUGCUGUCAACAACAGCAACAAGCAUCAGGGCUAUGCUUAUACCCUUACUGCAAGUUUGCUGGCUGUGGAGAUGCUUUUUUCUCACCAGAACAAUAUCCAGGUCACCUUCGGGAUCAUUACAACACAACGGGUCAUCCCUAUGUCCUGAAACUUUCAGCUGAUCAUUUUCUUGAAGUUUGGUGUUAUGCAUGCAACAAGCCGGUUGGCUUCUGGGGAUUCCCAAACGUUCAAAAACCAAUCACGGAGCGAUACCUGGUACGCAUGAUGAUACAAGCAUUAUUGACGUAUCCUCAAGAUGACCACCUUGCACAUAAAGCAAAGCGUGCUCGACGAGCCAUUGAACGGCGUCUUGUUGUUUCGCAAGAAAGCCAUGAUUACUGCUACAUCAUCGAGCGUAAAUGGUUCUUGAAAUGGAACGAUUUCUUAAGCGGUUUAUCGGACGAAUUGCCAGGUCCUUUACAAAAUGAAGUACUCCAAGAUGACCAAGGCAAUCUUAAACGUGAUAUCCUACUUGGCACUCAUUUUGAGCUUGUAAGUGGCCCAUUGAGGAGCUAUAUUGAACGAGCUUAUGGCUUGUAUGGAAAUUUCGUCUCCGGAUAUGAGCUGCAACACAAACAUGGCUAUCGUCAAAUAUGGGAAGCUAUCUUGUUUCGAAGGCACAUACUGCAUCGGGUCCCAGGCCAAGUCACUGGACCUCCUUCUCCUCCAGGAUAUGACUAG